UGGCAGAGGAAAAUCAAAUCCACCUUCCUCAUCAGAGGGUCAGGACCAUGGUUAAUGCUCCUGCCUGAACGCCGAUGUCUCCCUGGCUGUAACAUCAGUGUCGGGGACAGCUGUUGGUGAAGUGCACUUUCUAACUUGCAGAGUAAAUAAUAACAUUUUAGGAGAAAGGGAAAAAAAAUUUGACUCAGCUGACUGAAGUGAUGCUGAACAACAAACUGACGUCAUCAGGAGGCGACUCUUGCACCUCAUAGAGCCACAACAUUGUUGAGCGGCACAUAGAAAGAAGACGGACGGACGGACAGACAGGCAGACAGAGAGACAGAGAGAGUCAGACCCGGAGCUUGUUGCAUGUCUCCAGUCACACACCAGUGUGUGCAUCUGUUGACACCCGAGCACCGCCGCGCACAUCUGUCCGUGCAGCAGCAGACAGACAGCCCAGGCGAUGAUGGCGGACUGUGUCGGCUUCCAAGCGCAGAUCGCCUCGAUUAUAGAGAUACUGGCCAAUUCUGCGGUGGCGGAGAUCUGCAAACUGGUGGAUGAUGGCUACGCGGCGCUGCGCUCCCAGAUGGAGCAGGAGCGGGAGAAGAGCGAGAAGGAGAACGACGUCCUGCGGCAGAAGCUGCGAGACAUGGACGUGAAGAUGAGGAGCUACGAGAGGAGGAUGAGGAGACGCAGUCAGCGGGAGGAGAUCACCGCCGCUCACUUCAGGCCACCCGAAGGACCUGAUGACCAUCAGCCCCUGGUGCCACCUCUUCCUGCCCCCUCUGAAGACAAAUCCUUCCAUCACAUAUCAAAGCAGGAGGAAACCAAGGUGUUGCCUCUGGUGAAGCAGGAGAAAGUGGAGAGAGACGACUGCAACCUGGACCUGAAGGUGGAGGUGAACAUCAGGGCAGAGUGUGGCCUGUCUACAGCCCUGGAGCCCAGUGAAGAGAUAUCACCGACUGAUGUUCUUGACACCAGUGUCACCAACAUCACCUCCUCCACUAUCCACCCCUCCUCCCCCACUGACGCCACAAUGGACUUGACCUGCAGGCCUCGAGCCAAACGUAAAGCCACCAAGACUCUGGGCAACAGUUUGACAGUUAGCAGUGGGGGCGUCCCGGCCCCCGAGGCCGCUCGCAGGGAACUUGGAGGGAGCCUGACAGACGGUGCUCUGAAGCCAGAGAUCCAGGCAGAUGAUACUACAGAAGAAGAACUUCAUCCCUCUCAGCUCUCGGCCCCUGUAGCGUCAGAUGAGCCCAGCCCCGACCGCCUUAACAGCCUGGGCCUGGACCUGACCUGGAUGCAAGAGAGGGUCAGUCAUCUUGGUGCAGCAUAUGCAGUAGCACAGCUGGGUUUGGGGAACACAGAAACUGGACACCCCUCUGCAUCCUUCCCCUCGCAGGCAGGUGGAGACAGUUUAGAUGGCCCUCCGACCAUGCUCUUCACAGGUGGCGCUCAUGAAAUGGCCGCUUUCGCCGCCUCCUUUGACAUGGCUGCCGCUGCCGCUGCGGCCGCUGCUGUCGUAGCUGCGCCACCUCCACCGCCCCCUCCACCCCCUGCCCCUACAGCUGCUUCUACCACCACGACCAGCCAGAGGCGGUCCUACGGGAGCGGUGCUGCUGCUGCUGCUGCUAAAGAUCCUGUGGUGUGUGCUGUGUGCGGCCGUGUCUUCCCCAGUGCAGCUGCCCUGGAGCUGCACCAGCGCGUGCACACAGGGGAGAGACCCUACACCUGCCCCCACUGUGGAAAAGGCUUCGCCCAGCCCAACAAUCUGAGGGUCCACCUCCUCAUCCACACUGGGGAGAGGCGCUAUCGAUGCACACUGUGCGGGAAGAGUUUCAUCUCUUCCAGCCACCUGAAGAGGCACCGCACAGUCCACACGCAGGAGAAGCCCUACAGCUGCUCGCGCUGUGGACAGUCCUUCAGCCAGAUGUGUAGUGUUCGCCGACACCGGCAGCAGUCCCAGUGUGGCCUGUAGACUGACCGCUGGAGGAGGAGGAUGGAAUCUGGAGCUGAUCUCCGUACAGUUUAGACUCUGAAGGGUGAAUCAUUGAAAUCCCUUUAUAUGGGAAUUCAUGCAUCUAAUGUAAUCACGAACAGACAAGAGAAGGCUGUAUCCUGUGAUAUCAUGACAUAUAGAGUUGAUAUUUGUCCUAGAUCAUAGCAGUGAUAUGUGAAUCUGUUUUAAGGUGGAUUUCCCCGUUAGGCCCUCUCAACCUUUUCUUACUCUUUGUUUCAAAGUGAGAGGAUCACGGAUUGGAACUGUGAACGAGUGCCUCAGACAGUGUUGAUAACACAUUCAUUUCAUUGUCAUGAAAUGGUCUUGUUUGUGACAAACUAUCUGGUUUACAUAGCAAAUACACAUGUGCUGAUCCUGGAACAGAGGGUCGUAGUUUACCUUGGAUCAUUUUGGCUGAUGGUGAUGGUACUGUGUACUAUCCACUGACCAGCUGGUCAAACAGGAUGAACAUCUGACAGCUCUGUAGUAUUUAAGUAAUGAGCUGACUUACAAUAGGUUUAAAAUUCAUCAGAAUUUCAUCAGCAGCUGUUAUUAACAAAAAUCUGAUCUUGCCUUAUCCUACUGUGGUUUCAUGUUUCCAGACACUUCCAGCCUCUGUUGUUUGUUUUAGAGCAGCUGACCAGAAUCAGGGGGAAUCUGUUAGCUCUGUUAGCCUGGCUCAGUUAAAAGUGAAACAGCUACACAUCCCAACAACUCCAAAGCUGCUCGUAUUUUAUAUCAUCAGCAUAUGUAGCAAUGAAAAAAAGUGGUAAAUGUGAAGUUAGGAGCAGGUAGCUGUUAGUGAGCAAAAGAACAAAAGCACUCAGCACUGCUAAACUCCUGUCUUUUGGUGUUUAUUUAUUUUAUUUUUAUUUUAUUUGGAAGGGACCAUGUACAAUAGAAACAUAAAUGUGACAGAACAGCACUAAACUAACAGGAUAUAUAAUACAAAACUUUGUACACACACAGACACACAUGCACCAUGUCAGCAACAAGUGUGUGUUAGACAGAUUAAAAGCACAAAUAUUUCUUAAUUCUGCAUCUCUCUCUCAUAUACAAUAGUAAACUGAAUAUAUUUGGGUUUUUGACUUUUGGUUGGACAAAAGAAGACACUUAACAAGUUCCUCUCUGGCUCUGCUAAGAUGUGAUGGGCACUUUUUCACAACUUUUUGACAUUUAAUAGACCGCACAACGUAUCAUUAAUCUCUUAAACAAUAACAGAAAAUUGGGAGAAUAAUGAAUAAUGAGAAUAAUCUUCAGUUGCAGCCGUAGAUGAAACUGAGUUGGCUUUCCAUCAAGAAUGUUUAAGCUUUGUUUGUACAAGGACUCCAAUUUCUCCAGCCUGACCCCAGAAUGUAAUACAACGGGACAUGUGGGAAAGGGUCGUGCAGCAGAAAUGUCUUGGCUUUUUUAAAAUUUGGAUCCAUUACUUGGAUCCAUUAUUACCAAGAUGUUUAAGUUAAGUGACUUUAUGAAUCUAUGAACAGUCUCUGUCAGAACCGCAGCUUGAGAUUUACUGGAGACCUGUUUGCUAACUAAUUAGAACAACUUUUGAGUUGUUGGGAGUUGUCUUUUUGAUGGGGCUAGCAAACAAGCUAAUUACUUUUGCCUGCCUUUAGUCAUUUUUGCUAAGCUAGGCUAACAGCGAGCUGGACCUAAUUCUGUACUGUAUGCUGAGAAAUGAUAUAUUAUCAUUUUCAGACUGUGGGUAAGACAGCAAGAAAGUACGUUCUCCAAAAUGUCACACUCUUCCUUUAAAGCACUUUAAAUGUUCUCAUAACUCUUCCUUAAAGUCAUGGGUAAAAUCUGGACAGAGUGCUGAAACACAGUGUGUUUCCCAUGAUGUAUUUAUCAAGUACUGCUGUUACUCAUAUUGCUACAGUAUCUUGAAUGAGUGGCCUUCUCAGAGAAGCCUGCUGCUGAAUGGUAAAUGUUGGCACUUUUGUUGAAUCAAUCUUGUAAUGCAGGCCUGCACCUUCUCAUGUUUGUGUUCAUGAUUAUGUGUUUCACACUAACUGUCAGUAUAUGUAUUUACACAGAGAGGAAGAAAUAAUGUGCUAUUGUCCAGAAGAUUGAUGUCGAGGUUUGUUUCCACAAUUGGGCAGUGAAAUCAGAAUAUUUAUUUUUGUGGGUACAAAGCCCAGUUGAAGUAGACUUUAAAUGUUUUAAACCCCCUUUCUCAACUGUUCACAGGUUGAAGCCUGAGGUGUAACCAUCUUUUAAUGUCAAUCAUUCUUCGUCCUCAAUGAAAUGUCAAAGAACAAAGGACUGUAAAAAGAUGUAAAGUAAAAACAUAUAUAUCAGAGAGUCGUGUUUGUAUGUGUUGGUGUUUGGAUGUCAUUGGCACUAGCUGUAGGCUCCACAGCUAUAACAAAUAUUUUGUCUUUUAAUAUUUCUUUCAUGACCUGUUCCAGUGUUUAAAAAUGUAUGGGUAUCAUUAAAGAUGUAAAAGGUUUGCAAUGAACCCGGCUGUGCUGUGGGCAUCAUUUCUGUGCUGUGAUCUCAUGCGUAUAAGCCUCUCUAUAAUCGAGACUCCUCUGAUGGAAUCUGUUUUAUUUUCAGCUGUUCAUAUCACCUCUGUUACUUGUCUUACAAUUGACAAAGUAACAGAGGGACAGCGUGUGUUAAUCUGAUUUGACUAAGCAGUGAUGAAAAAGUGAAAAAACUGAAUCUAUACCACAA